AUGUGCCCACACAAAGUUCCUCGUGACGACGUCGGCGACAGAGCGAGGGAGGGGACAGAGGGGGACCAGAGGAGGAGCAAGGAGGUGGAGAGGGGGAGGGAGGCGGGGGAGGGGAGAGGGAGACGGAGAGGGAGGUGGGAGGAAAGGUGGAGGGAGGGGGAGGCCAGGGAGGGAGGGAGGAGGCAGAGGGGAGGUGCAAGGAGCGGGGGAGUGAGGCAGGGGGAGGCGGGGGAGGAGGCCAGAAGGGAGGUGUUAGGGGAGGGAGGGCCGAGGGAAGGGGAGGGAGCGCGAGCGGGGAGGGGGUGCGACGACGCUCUGGAAGACGCUGGCUGCCGGAGGCGGUGGAGGGGGGAGGCGAUGCGUGUGGAGGGGAGGGAGGCGGCGUGUGGGAAGGGGAGGAGGUUGGAGGAGGGGGAGGAGAGGAAGGCGGCGCGGGGGAGGGAGGCGGCGUGGGGGAAGGGGCAAAGGGGGACCGGCAAAGGAGGAGGAGGAGGAGGGAGGUGA